CGUCUCCAAAUUACAGAGAAUUCAUUCCUGAGCUGGAGAGGUGCCAGAAGUUUCUCAUCUAGCUGUCUGUGGGCUGCCUUUUUCUUUCCCCUCUUUGAGGCUUUCUGAUGCCUAGAGUGAGCUCAACUCAAAGGUUUCCAGCCGCACACUCGCCUCGCAUUCCCCCACAGCCACACGGAGCUCUGUGAUUCUGAGGAAUACCGUGUGCCAGCAUCCGAUCCACAGUCUCCUUUCACCUGCAGGUGCUCCAGAAACUUCAAAAUGCGUCUGGAAGAAAUGAAAAGAUUGCAGAAUCCUUUAGAACAAGUUAAUGAUGGAAAAUAUUUACUUGAAAAUCACCAGUUGGCCAUGGAUGUGGAGAAUAAUAUUGAAAAAUAUCCCCUCAAUCUACAGCCCUUGGAAUCGAAGGUGAAAAUCAUCCAGCGAGCCUGGCGCGAGUACCUGCGGCGGCAGGACCCCCUGGAGAAGAGGUGCCCGUCGCCGCCCUCCGCGUCCUCGGACAAGCUGAGCCGCUCCGUGAGCAUGAACACCGUCUCCGACAGCAGCUCGCCCGUGAGUGCCCUUUCCCUUGUCACGCUCUCACGGCCGGUCCCACGACCGCCAGGCUGCGGCUCCCAGGGAGCGGUCUGGGGGGUGAGCCGGCGGAUUGCGAUCGGAGGACGUACGCUGCUUAUUUGCUGUGCGUGA